UUUCGCGCGUGGCCUCGCCUCGUCGCUAUUGGUCGCGGCUGGCUGAGGCCUCUCGGUGAUUGGACGGCACGGCGCCUCGAGCCAGCUGUCAAUAUUAAGGAACCCAGCAUCAGCUUUACCAUCACAGACGAACAGCGGCAGUAGGCGCAGAUACGAGAAAGCUGCGCUAAAGUGAGCGGAGAGCCGGGGGGACUGUACACACACAUUGGCAAUUAAACGAAAAUGAGUAAGACAUCCAUAGCUAUGGUACUGACUCACAGAUGAAAACUUGAGAGUGAAAACUAGUAGGUUUUAUUUGUAAAACCCGUAAAAGUAUUCAGGGGAAAAAAACAAUCGCGAAGCUGUUUAAUUUUAAACGCUUAUAGCUGUCGAACAAGUACAUCGUUACCGGGCUAAACAUCUCACCAGAAGCUUCGACAGAGCGUCGGUCUCGCUUGGAAAAAUGUCCAGAAAAAAGACCGUGAAAGGCAAAAGUAGCACUAGCAGCCCGACAGCAGCCGCCUCGAAGAGCAAAGAAAAUGGGAAGCCGGGGGAAAGCAUCUCCACGCCCGAGAUAACGUCCAAUGGAACGGUGCACCCCAGCCGGCCCUCUCUGAGCAACAGCAGCGAGUUUUAUGAUCUCGCUUUUAAGGUCAUGCUGGUGGGAGACUCUGGGGUGGGGAAGACCUGCCUGUUGGUGCGCUUCAAGGACGGCGCCUUCCUGGCUGGGAGUUUCAUCUCCACAGUGGGGAUCGACUUCAGGAAUAAAGUCUUGAACAUCGACGGCAUGAAGGUGAAGCUGCAGAUUUGGGACACCGCUGGACAGGAGCGAUUCCGGAGCGUCACGCACGCCUACUAUCGGGACGCGCACGCUCUUCUGCUGCUGUAUGACGUCACCAACAAAACCUCGUUUGACAACAUCCAGGCCUGGCUGACAGAGAUCCAUGAGUACACCCAGCAGGACGUGGUGCUGAUGCUUCUGGGAAACAAGGCGGACGCCACGCAUGAAAGGGUGGUGAAGCGGGAGGAAGGAGAGAAACUGGCCAAGGAUUUCGGCGUGCCCUUCAUGGAGACCAGCGCCAAGUCGGGGCUCAACGUGGAGCUGGCUUUCACCGCCGUGGCCAAGGAGCUGAAGCACAGGUCCAUGAAAGACCCCAACGAGCCCAAGUUUAAGCUCCAGGACUACGUCAACAAGGAGAUGCAGACCUCCGGGUGCUGCCACUCCUAGACCUUUCCCCGAGAGUGUUCUGCUGGGGGUGGGGCAGAGCGUGUGUGUAUGUGUGUGGUCCCUGUGUGUGUGUGGGGUCACGUGUGUGUGUGUGUGGUACCUGUGUGUGUGUGUGUUAUCCCCGUGUGUGUGGGCCCCCUGUG